AUGGUGUGCUCCAGCCCCGAGCUCGGAGCUCAGGGACAGCCGGGCUCCAGCGAGGAGGAGCAGCGUGCCACCGAGCCAGACCUGAUGUGGCUCGCCAACCUCACGGGUGCCCACAUCGGCUUGGCCCCGAUCCCCCAGGACCCCGAGGAUCGCUGCAGCAUCUGGGAGAAUCUGGUGAGCCUGGUGGAUUUCCAGUGCCCUGGAUUUCCCCUGACCUCGGAGGAGCUCUGUCACUACAUCGACAUUCCCCGCGCUCCGUCCUCCGCCCGCUCGGGCGCGGUGCCCGUGACCCUGCCCCGGGCCUGGAGCCCUCCGCUCCCGGAGGACAUCGACUACAAAACCAACCCGCACGUCAGGCCGCCCUACUCCUACGCCACCCUCAUCUGCAUGGCCAUGGAAGCCAGCGAGAAGCCCAAGCUCACCCUGGCAGACAUCUGCAAGUGGAUCAGGGACAACUUCAGCUAUUUCCGCCGUGCUCACCCCAGCUGGCAGAGCGCCAUCCGGCACAACCUGUGCAUCAACAAGCGCUUCGUCAAGGUGCCCCGGGAGAAGGGGGAGCCGGGCAGAGGAGCCUUCUGGAAGCUUCACCCCCAAUACGCCGAGUGGCUCAAGGACAGCACCUUCAAAGGGGGCAGAGCUCUUGCAGAGCACAUCCCACCAGCCUCCGGCAGAAGAGCCCAGCCAGGGGCACAGAGCGUCCCCAGCCCGGCAGCCUCGGCCUGCAGCUCCCAGAACAGCCUGGAGGUCGGCACGGAGCUGCAGCAGCUGCUGCAGGAGUUUGAGGACUUUGAAAGCAGCCAGAAGCCGGAUCCUGUGGAGAACCAAGAGGGGCAGCAGAGCGAGCAGCCCUGGCCCACACCACCGGCUGAGGCCUCUUGUGUUCCCAGCUGUGAAUCCGAGAGCCAGGAGGAGCCGGGCGAGCUGACCGAGCUGAAGGGUUUCACUGACUGGGAAGCUCUGCUCGGCCCCUUCCUGGAGCAAGGAGACUUCUCUGCUCCUGAGCAGCUGCAGCUCUCACCUUCCAGCCAGCCUGGAGCCUUCCCCCUGGACUCACCCAGUGCAGAGGGGCAGCUCCUGGGCUGGCCCCAAGAGCAGCAGCAAAUCAGCCCCACCGAGCUGGGCUUGGAUGAAACCCUGACGGCCACGGCUUUCCUGGAGGCUGCCUGGAACGAGGAGAUCGAGGAGAUCCUCUCCAACAACAUUUCUGUGGAGCAGGGGGCUGAAAACAUCCAGGCCUCUUUGCCUGAUGGGGAUCUCAUAGACUGGGACCCUCUGGCCCACUUAGAUCUCAUAGAGAUUUAAUAAUAAUAAUAAUAAUAGAGA